AUGUUUCGUCUCAAGAGCCUGGACGCCAAUGUUGAAGCCAUCAUCAAUCCUCCACCCAAGCCACGUCCUUCUCCAGGCAUGCCUCUCCUUAAUGGAAACGUCAGUCAAUUCCUUGCCGGCCAACCUCGCGGUUUCACCAAUGUCGCCGUCGCCGCAGCCGUGUUCCAUAAAGAUCGCCUCCUUCUAGUCCAACGUGCCGACACUGACAGCUACCCUGGCCAUUGGGAAUUGCCUGGAGGAUCAGCUGAUCCAUCGGACAAGUCCAUCAGCGAGUCGGUCGCGCGUGAACUGUUCGAGGAGACCGGACUCAAGAUGAAACGCAUCCUCGUCGAAAUCCUCCCACCCACAACCUUCUCCACUGGAUGGGGCAAGCGCCAGAAGACAUGGCUCAAGGCCAGCUUCGUCAUCGAGAUUACUGCAGAGUCCAAGGCCCGAGCUGAACACGAGGUCGAGAUGCAAGGAUCAGGUCAGGAGCUCUCUCGCAAGGAUAGUGUUGUUGCUGUCGAUCCUCCUGCCGUCAAGCUCUCGGAUGAAGAGCAUCAGAAGUACAUCUGGAUUACAGCUGAGGAGGUGAUUAAGAACAGAGUGUCGAUGCCAGGCGAAGGCACGAUGGAGUUUAUCGGAUCGGACAGUGUAUCGACCAUACUUGAAGCAUUCCGCUUGAACAAGCACAUGCAGAAGGCGGAGCUGAUGCAGGCACUGCAAGUGACCAAAGCUGAGGAGGGAAAGGCUUGA